CACCAAUAAUAAUAGAGACAAAUAGGCUUAUCUUCUUCUUCCACUCCAAGUUUGGUUUCAAACCAUCAUGGCUUCCAUUGCCCUUCAACUCCUCUCUCAUGCACAUCCUCUUCAUCUAAAUCACCCUUACCGCAACCAAAAUAACCUCCCACGCCAAAGACAUUUUACCAUCAAAUGCACUUCAAACUCAGUCCCUGAACAACCUGACUUUCCAUCCCCAAGUCCCAACUCCGAAACCACCAUCAACCCAGAAAGUUUUCCGAUUGAAAAACGAAGAAAAUCCGAAAUAAUAAGAGACAGGAAGUCCAGAACCGGGCUUGUAAAACCCGAGCCACCGAGCUUUGAAAUAGGGUGGAAGAGAACCAAAGAGAUUCCACUGGAGAAGCCAACAGGGUAUGUGAUCAUGGAUUUCUUGGAGAAGUUGCAGGAACUGAUGGGGAGAGAGUUUGGGUCCACGGCGUUGCUGGCGAAAACCGGAGAGAUUGUGGCGGAGAGAGCGAGAGAAGAAGCAGAAGUGCUGAGAGAGGAAGGAAAGGUGGAGGAUAGGAUGGUAACUGAGCUGUGUAGGGUAUUGAAGCUGAUGGAGAUGGACUUGGCUAUGGUUAAAGCUGCAGUGAAAGAAGAGACACUGAGUGAGAGGCUUGAACAAGCCAAGGCUCGGUGCAGGCAAGCUAUUCUUGUCGCUAAUUCGUUUUGAUUAUAUUUAUACACAAUGUAAUCUUAAAUAGGAAAUGAGAAAUCACUUUUUUAAGAUUCAUUAGGAUAAAUAAAUGGAUUCGAAAUCAUGAGAGUUGACUAUUAAAAUUAAAUUCAUGUUUGAGACACAUUGUUAUCA